UCAUUGCUUGAAGGCAAGCCAAGCCCUUGAUGAAUAUUUUGCCUUAAUCUUCCCAUUCCCAGGCAACCAAGCCCAGCUCUCCAAACACAUAUAAGGAGAAAUAUCCCACUCCCACAUCACAGGGGGCUCUCGGUCUCCUCCAGUCUCUGCUCGUCUCUCCCUGCUUCGUAACUUUUGCCAUCUUCCCAAGGAGCCACAAUGAACCGGCAAUUCAGUUCCAGAUCAUUUUCAACAGGUGGAAGAAGGAGCUAUUCUGUUUCUGGCAGUGGCUUCCGAAUGGGCAGCGGCUCAACUUCUGUUGUUCCUGUUGGAGGAGUGGGAGCCUUCAGCGGUGGCUUUGGCAGCAGAAGUCUCUACAACCUUCAUGGAAGCAGGCGGAUAUCCACGGGCCUAGUUUCUGGUGGUGGUGGUGCUCACUUUGGAGGAGGCUUUGGUGCACGAAGUGUUGGGGGCGGUCUAGGAUUCAGCAGUUUUAGCAGCGGUUAUGGAGGUUAUGGUGGUGGUGUGGGCUUUGGUGGUGGUGUUGGCCUGGGCAGUCAUGUUGGAGGCUUUGGUGGUGGUGGUGGUGGUGGAUAUGCACUUGCAGGCCCUGCUCCCUGUCCAGCACCGGGACGAAUCCACAAUGUCAUUGUAAACAAGAGCCUAUUGGCUCCUCUGCACAUGGAGGUUGAUCCUGACAUCCAGAGGGUUCGGGUGCAAGAGAGGGAACAGAUCAAGACCCUCAACAACAAAUUUGCCUCUUUCAUCGAUAAGGUGCGAUUCCUUGAGCAACAGAACAAAGUGCUGGAGACCAAAUGGGACUUACUCUACCAGCAGGGCAGCCCAGCUCUGAGGGACAAUCUUGAGCCGCUUUAUGAGGCUUACAUUGACACCCUCCGGAGGCAGCUUGACCACCUAGUCAAUGAUAAAAACCACCUGGACAUCGAACUGAAGAACACACAGGAGCUCGUAGAGGAUUUCAAGAACAAAUAUGAAGAUGAAAUUAAUAAACGUACAGCUUGUGAAAAUGACUUUGUGGUGCUCAAAAAAGAUGUGGAUGGCUCCUACAUGCACAAGAUAGAUCUGGGAUCCAAGGCAGACUCCUUGACUCAGCACAUCCAGUUCUUAAGAGCGCUCUUCGAUGCGGAACUGACUCAGGUACAGGCACAGGUUAAAGACACCAAUGUCAUCCUACAAAUGGACAACAACAGAGAUCUGGACCUGAACAGCAUCAUUGCUGAAGUGAGGGCUCAGUAUGAAGAUAUUGCCAAUAGGAGCAGAGCUGAGGCAGAGGCUUGGUAUCAAAACAAGUUCCAGGAACUCCAAACUACAGCUUUCAAACACGGCGAUGACUUGAAAUCCACCAAAGACGAGAUCGCAGAGAUGAGCCGGCUUGUCCAAAGACUUCGCUCUGAAAUUGAAAUUGUGCAGAAAGCUAUUAACGGCCUGCAAUCUUCCAUAGCUGAAUGCGAGCAGCGUGGGGAAAUGGCCCUCAAAGAUGCCAGGACAAAACUGCUCGACUUGCAGACUGCCCUUCACACGGCAAAGGACGAGCUGGCUCGUCUGCUGCGUGACUACCAGGAACUGAUGAAUGUGAAGCUGUCCCUGGAUGUUGAAAUUGCUACAUACAAGACACUGCUGGAAGGAGAGGAGAUCAGGAUGUCUGGAGAAUUCACAACCCCUGUUAACGUAUCUGUGAUCAGCAGUUCUAGCACCAUCAGCGGUGGUGGUGGAGGAGGAGGUUAUGGCCUUGGAGGCGGAAGCGGAUACAGCGUUGGAGGAGGAAGUGGAUAUGGUGCCGGAGGUGCAGCAGGAAGUGGAUAUGGCAUCGGAGGGGGAAGUGGGUUGAGCCUUGGUGGUGGAGGCGGCGGGAGCUGUGGACAUGGCCAUGUCAGUUUUGGAGGAGGAAGAGUCAGCAGAAUUAGUACCGGAGGCAGUUUAAGCAGUUCUGGAAGCCUCACUGGUGGAGGAUAUGGCUAUGGAGGAGGCAGUUCGAGUGUGAAGAUCGUACAUUCCUCUUCAAGCAAGAGAGUAAGCAGCUAAGGUUUCCUUGCUCGCACCCUCCAAAAGUACGCACCAUUCCUUCCUUCAAGAAAACAAAGAUUCUCCCUCAAUUGUGUACAUCCUCCUCAAAGCCCAUAACACACACACAUGCACUUACUGGUGAUUUUCACCUGUAUAACUUCCCCCCUCAACAGUGCAAAAAAGAAAAUUGCCAAAUAUUCAGUUGUUCUGUUUAUGCCACUCUUUGAUGAGGAAAAGUUAGUCGGCGCAGCUUUGUACCAGGCUGUAGAUCGGAGAAGCCCAGGCUUGAAUAUGUAGGCAUAUUUUUUUAAAAGAAAGAAAGAAAAUGAAUUCCUAAAUUAGGGUUAAGGAGGAGGGUUUCUUGUUCAGCUUUCUCAUCGGCAUGCUAGUUUUGUGUGGACAGGGAGGCUUUGUAAUAAAUGGGAAGCAGUUAAAAAUGUGCUUGCUCUCCUCACCCAAGCAAAGGGCUGAAGUGGUACAGUACAGGAGAAAUUGUACCAGGCGACAUGAGUGUUCCAAUCGUGUGGUGUCUUCAGCCCAAUGCUCAGUCACAAUAAAGUUGUAGGCAGUUGCUUAUUCCUUGCGCUCUAGUUUCCUCUGUUGAUACUUGAUCUUCUCUACCCAUGAGCACUCUGCUCCUUUUUGUUACUUGUACAGUUGCAUAAUUCUGAAGCAAACUGGCGCAUAGCCGUGUCCCAGAAUUUCUCUUUUCUCACCUAAGUGGCUCCUCCCCAGGCCCAUUUCGUGGCAAAGAAAAGGAAGGCCCGGAAGCGAAACGAGAAAUAAAUAAAUAAGGUGGUGCAAAACAACAGAAGUGCUUUCAUCAACUCCCUUUAAAAAUAAUAAUAAUUGUGUUGUAUAUUCCUUUUAAAACACACACAGUCUGUGAGUGUUUUCAAUGUUAAACGCUGCCAACCAUAAGCUACAAUUCAAGUAUUCAACAAUUUCAUUGGCUGUUCCGUGAGUCUGAUGAAGUGUGCUCUUGUCUAUGGAAGCUCAUACCGCAAUAAAUCUGUUAGCUUUUAUGGUA